AUGAAUAUACUUAGUACACUCAAUCUCGGCCGUAAUCAAAUCGGAGCUCUCGGAGCAGAACAUCUGGCUGAUGCAUUACGAAAUAACACGACACUCACCACACUGCAUCUCUCUUGGAAUAAACUCGGAGUUCUCGGAGCAGAACAUUUGGCUGAUGCGUUACGAAAUAACACGACACUAACCAUACUCAAUCUCGAAUACAAUCAAAUCGGAGACAACGGAGCAGAACAUCUGGCUAAUGCAUUACAAAAUAACACUACACUCACCACACUAGAUCUCAAACACAAUGAAAUCGGAAAGAAGCUUGAAGAUCGUUUGAAGGCACUGAUGGAGCGAAAUGGACAAUGA